UUGCCCCCAGGGAAGCGGAAGAUCCACUACCUGUUCGAGGAUGGGAUGGAGAUGGCCGAGGAGUAUGAUGUGAAGACAGGCCAGUUAAUGAGUAGAAAAUGGCGAGAGAAGAACACCCUUGGGGGCUCUGGCAAGUGGCAGGUGGAAGUGGGAGAGCCAACCUCACCACUCCUGGGAGCACUGGAGUCAGAGUUCAUAACAGAGAGCAGUUCAAAUCCUGUCUUCAUGAGGAAGGAUACCCUGAGCAGCUUCCAGUGGCGAAUCCGUAACCUGCCCUACCCCAAGGAGGUCUACAGCGUCUCCGUGGAGGAGGAGCAGCGCUGCUGUGUUGUUCGGACCACCAACAAGAAGUACUAUAAAAAGUUCUCUAUUCCUGAUCUGGACCGGUACCAGCUCUCCCUGGACGCAGCUGCCCUGAGCUUCACCCAUGCUAACAACACCCUGAUCAUCACG